AAUACCACAAACACCCCCAAUCCAACCCCGAACCGAAUCCGCCGAGAAGUCAAGACGCUCCCCUCCCCGUCCUCCAUCCAUGGGCGAGCAAUCCCUCUCCCAGCCCAAGCCCCAGCCCCUCUCCCCGUCGCCCCCCGCCGCCGCCGCGUCCACCUCCACCUCCAGCUCCCUCGCCAUCGCCGCCGCCUCGCGCCCCAAGAAGGCGGCCCACCCACCACCCAACUCCAACCCGCCGAAGAAGCCCCGCCUGACGUUUGCGAUCCCGGGCCGGCCCCUUUCCGCCGCCGGCGAGGUGGGCGCGGCCAUCCGUCACCUGCGCGACGCCGACCCCGUCCUCGCCGCCGUCAUCGACGCCCACGAUGCCCCCGUGUUCCAGUGCCCGCACCGCCCGUUCCACUCCCUCGUCCGAUCCAUCCUUUACCAGCAGCUCGCCUUCAAGGCCGCCGCCUCCGUCUACUCCCGGUUCCUCUCGCUCCUCGGCGGCGAGGCCAGCGUGUCCCCGGACGCCGUCCUCGCGCUCAGCCCUCAGCAGCUCCGCCAGAUCGGGGUCUCCCCGCGCAAGGCGUCCUACCUCCACGACCUCGCCCGCAAGUAUGUCUCGGGGAUCCUCUCCGAUUCCGCCAUCAUCAACAUGGACGACCGCUCCCUCGCCGCCAUGCUCACCAUGGUCAAGGGCAUCGGCGCCUGGAGCGUCCACAUGUUCAUGAUCUUCUCCCUCGCGCGCCCCGAUGUGCUCCCCUCCGCUGACCUUGGCGUGCGCAAGGGCGUGCAGAUGCUCUACGAGCUCGAAGACGUGCCGCGGCCCUCGCAGAUGGACAAGCUCUGCGAGCGGUGGCGCCCCUACCGCUCCGUCGGGGCGUGGUAUAUGUGGCGGCUCAUUGAGUCCAAAGUGCCGCAGCCGGCGCCGGCCAUCCCUGUGGGAUCACUUGCCCUCCCUUCGCCUGAUGGCCAGAUUAUGCUACAGCAUCAGCAGCAACAGCAGCAGCAACAACAGAACGUCAUCCAAAUGAUCGAUCCCCUUCAGAUGCUCCCAGGAAUGGGGUAAAUUCGUUAUCACUCACCUAUUAGUUCUUCAUCUUAGAUGGAUGAUGGAUUCUGUGAGAAUCAGUUGGUUUCUCUGCACAUUAUUGUUUUGUAAUGGCCGGAGUGUAGCAUUGGGAAUGAGUACUUUGGUCUGAACUUAUUAAAUUAUUGAUGUGGUUUGUGUUGUUUAUCCUUGUCAAAAGUCUGUGAAGAUCGUGGCUAGCCGUUCUUUACAUUGUAAAAUUUGUUAGCAGUGUCUUAGAAUCCCACUGGGAUUGUGCCAUCCUUGAAGUUUACCUGUGAUGAAAUGAUUAAGAGCAUGCUAGGCACA